AUGACAAGGGCCGGUUUGUACCUGCCACACACCCUAUCGAGACUACCUGAUCGUACGGAGACGCACACCGUGAGACAAAAGUACCUUGAGCGCAAGUCAAGCCAAGACUCGGACUCAGACCGCAAAUCGAUCGCUCUCUCGAGAAUGUCCUCAGAGGAUGUCACCAAGGUUUUCUCGUCGUUACCUACGGUGUUUGAUUUCGCGGACUGGGUAUCGACACAAGGAAGAGUGUCGUCAGACAACGGGGUCUUCAUUGAAUUGCUCCAGCGCGUACGGCAUGAUGUCACCGAGGCCUCGCGGCUCUACACAUCCCGAGCCGUUACAGAAUAUCUUGAAUCGUGGCCCGACAAGAAAGCUUAUAUUGACAAGAUUCUUCACGACAUCGAAAAGGCGCUCAAUGACAUUGGCCAAUUUUUAGAGACCGUGCAGGUGUCCGGAGAUGAUGGCGGCACAGUCAGUCUAAGACGCAAGUUUCAGUGGGGACACUUUCACCAGAAGAAGCUGGGGAACAAACAACAAUUGCUCGCAACAUGCCACCAGAGCUUGAUGCCGGCUGUGCAGCUCAUGCAGGCCGUGGAGAUGAAAGCGACACUCGAUCCCAUCCAUGAGUUGCCUGAGCACCCCCGGGUGGAAGGCGUCGCGAGCGAUGUCUUCAUAAGUCCACAUUACAGACAGCAAUCCAGUCUCAAUCGGAGAAGUUCAUCUGUGCCGAGCAUCGCGGUCUCAGAGCCUGAUUUGAAGGAGGGGAAGAUUGUACGCCCUUACCAGCAUACAUUUGCAGAGCUUCCUGGAAGCACUCCUGAUGAUCUUCACCAUUUUGAUGAAGACUUACACGUAGAUUAUCACGAGUCACGAGAUAAUGCUCGGGAUCAGGUGCAUGCACCAUCUCCAGCACGGGACGAUGCCCAAUCCCCUUCCCGAUUUGCAGCGGUCAACUCAAGUACGCGACCGAUGACAGCGGACGCAAGUGUCGCCACAGUCCCCAGAAGACGUCCGCCGGACCCUCCACUCACACGUAGAUCUGUCGACCAUGUCCGACCCUCUCUCUCAUUCUUCGACGACAGAGCACGCGCAUCCUUCGACUCAGCCCGACCUCGCGCAUACUCAGAGCAGAUACGAACACAGCGAUCAUUUGAGAUAAAGAGCCGCUCAUCUUACGAUCAAGUGCAACCUCUGCCCACUUUGACGGAGCGGCCCAUCGAACGCUUCAACUCAACCGCAUCCAUUGCAGUUGGCGAUGCUAUCAGUGUACCACUAGCGCCAAUGAGAUACCGGUCGAAGCCUAUUAAUGUUCGAAAACCGCCUGUGAAGCAUAAGUCAUUGCCAUCGGCACUACCUUCUUUUCCGAGCCAGAUGUCGCUGCUAGACGACCUCUCAACGUGGAUAAUCCCACAAUCAGCGCGUGAAAGCUAUCGCAGUACUCAGAGCAUUGACACGAUAUCUUCGACCGUUGAGACUACUCCAGCGACUUCGGUCACAUCAUCCCCGACUGUGCCGACGUCACCAGCGCUAUUGGAUGCCGCGGCUGUUGCAUCAGUGCCUACUUCUGUAGUCACACCAGAAUCGAGCUUGAAGAAGGCUUUAACAGAGCCAACACCAGUACUCAAAUUCAUCCCAUCCUUACCUUCACGAUCUGCACCGGCGCGUCCAUUAUCGGACCUACCGCCACCUAUACCGCCGAAGAUACCUUUGACGCAGUCUUCUCAGCCUGAGGCGGUCUCACAGUCAAGAUCAGACGAUAUUCUGCGGAGGAUGCCUAGUGAUCCGAUCCCAUCACCAUACGUCCGGCGCAGACGACCAGCCGCGCCCAGCAAUAGCACAUUUAAACGAGAGUCCUCAGAUGUGUCGCUCGUUCCAGCUGCAUCGUCAAUGUCCGUAACUCCAACCAGUGCGCCAAUUCCGAGUUCGGAAACAGCUAUCGAGACCAAAUCACCAGAACCCACAUCAAAAGGAAAAUUACCACCUGUCAAGCCUCGACGUUACAGAAGACAUGCAUCAUCGAACGCAUCCGCAAUGGACGAUAACCCGACGGCUGUAUUACCCAGUAACAUUUCGAAUGAUGCGCACUCAUCCAUGCAACCUCCGGCGAAAGACGAAGACGGCGAAUCAUCCACUGAGUUCAAGCAAAGCAUACACCACACUGCGUCGAACGCGACCACAACAGACAAGUACCCGAUAGCUGUGUCAUUUGACAAUGCGCCACCCGUUCCAGCCUUGUCAACGCAAUCACUCCCGACUGUAAUGAGCGCAUCGUCCGCAGCUUCUCGAAAAGACGUACACCAUACUUUUUCAAAUGCAAGUGCAACAGACAAAUACCCGAUCUCCAUCUUACUCGACAAUCCACCACCUGUUCCCAGUCUACCACUACAAUCACCUCCAAUAAGCGUGAACAGCAUAGAGAUACCGGACAACGAGACUUCUUCACCACCGACUACAGCUCGGCCCAUGACUGCUCUGGCGAAAAGGAGGGCGGCACAUGCGAAACGUAUGCAAAUGGCAUUUGGCACCGAGUCGGAGAACGCGUGA